AUGGGCUCUCGCUCGAUUGGCGAGCUGCUGCUCCGGCCAUCCUCCAUCUCGCGCAUCUCCUUCUCCCCAUGCACGUCUUCGAGCACCCGAGCACUCGUACCGUCAUGGGGUACACGCCGAACCCUCACCACCUCCCCGCCACGCCAUGCAGCGCAGUCUCAGCCGAAGGAAGAAUCGCUGCAUGAAUCCCAUCCCAAAACUGCCUCGGACCAGCAGACGUCUGAAGCCAUCGACGGCCUCUUCAGAGGCGUGAGCUCCAACCGCGCGGCCCCAAGCCACCCUCCUCGCAGAACCUCCCCGUCCUCGGCCGACGAACUCUCCGCAGCGCGCGCGCAGCAAGCCUUCGGCGAGGGCUGGAGCCGCAAGCGGGGGAACAUCCACCUCCGCACGCCCCUCAGCAUCGAUGAGAUGAACAUGCCAGACUUGGAGUCGGAGAAGGACCUGCCUCCUAGCACGCUUCCGAAGCCAGACACGCCGUUUCCGCGGCUGAACCCGAGCUACGGCCGAUCAGUAGAGCUGGCGCCAGACAAAGGAAGGGAUUUGGUGAGAGGGAUUGGCAUACUGGGGAGCUUGAUGGCACGGAACAAAGUGAAGGCCGAUGCUAUGAAGCAAAGAUUCCACGAGCGGCCCGGUUUGAAGAGGAAGAGGCUAAAGAGCCAGCGGUGGAGGGCGAGGUUUAAGAUCGGAUUCCGGCAUGUUACAGCACGGGUUAGCGAACUGACUAGGAAGGGAUGGUAGGAUUCAGGUCAAAUGUGUAUACUCCGCCAGCAAGAGGCAUGGAAGAUAAUACCAUGUAUGAUAUGAGUGAGGGACAUAUAUGUACAACACCGUGGUAGCCAUCUUCGAUCUGUGCAUAGUUCGGAUGCAGGGCACCGUAUAGAAUGAACUGGCUAGGUAGCUUCCCUGUACAGAAUUUCCGCAAUGCAUACCCAAUAAGCUAUUGAUACGGCCCGAG